GCGCUGGAAAACGGCGCUGCCGGCAGGGCUCCCCCUCGAGCCGCCCUCCAGAACCAGACUUUCAACUUCCUGAUCGCCCCUCCGGCCUCCCCCUUUCUUCGCCGCGGAAUGGAUUCCUCCAGCCGUUUCUUCCACAAACCUCCGCACAGCCGCGAGGCUUCGGGCCCGAGAUAAUGAUCCCGGCCGCGCUGAGUCCCGGCUUGGCGCGGCUCCUCUUCUACCCGACGCUUCUCUACACGCUGGUGCGGGAGCAGUUGCCCGGGUCGCGACGGCCGUGGUUCAGCCGCAUCGACCGCGCUGUGGUCCUGGGAGCGCUGCCUUUGCGGGGAAGAUGCCGCCAGCUGGUAGAAGAGGAGAAUGUGCGAGGUGUGGUCACAAUGAAUGAAGAAUAUGAGACUCGCUUUCUGUGCUGCUCUCCCCAGGAGUGGAAGGCAAUGGGUGUAGAAUGCCUGCGCCUUAGCACUGUGGACCUGAUUGGAGUACCCUCAUUGGAAAACUUGCAGAAAGGUGUACAGUUUGUACUGAAGCAUCGUGAAUGUGGAAACAGUGUUUACGUGCACUGCAAAGCUGGCCGCAGUCGUAGUGCCACUAUGGUUGCGGCAUAUUUAAUUCAGCUGCACCAGUGGACUCCUCAAGAAGCAAUAGACACCAUUGCUAAGAUUCGGCCUCAUAUCAUCAUCCACCAGAAACAGGUACAAUUACUAGAGAACUUUUAUAGGAACAUAACUGUUUGAACUCCUGCAGAAGGAAGACAAGAACCACCAAAGGCAGAGGAUGGACUGGCAGGUGGACAGGAAUGCUCACUGCCAGGAGAGCAAAAGCCACCAGAAUAUACACAAGAUCCCUCUUGGAAUUCAUCUGAUUUGUAACAUUCUGUUGAUUAUAAACAGGAAUGGCUUCUCUACCAAUAAAUAAUCUUCCCACUGCCUAAGAA